AUGCUCCUCAGUGCUUUAGUGUGUGGUAUUAAGCGGAAGUGUGGAUGCGGAACAGACUGGAAAAGGCCAGAAGGGAAUCCCAGCAGCCUUUGCGAGGCCCGCUGUCUGGAAUCCCAGCAGCCUUUGCGAGGUCCGCUGUCUGAAGGGAGUAAGGACUGCGUCAGCACCGCAGUUGUGGUCAGCGUCACCUUCGGUGGCCCAGUGUGUCUCCUCAGUCUCAGCACCUUGAAAAAGUGGCUCCAUUGUCUGUGCUGGGGGGACUUGGCGAAACUGUUGGCGACAGAGCGCUUUAGAACGAGGCCCGGGGUCCCAGGCUCUCUCACUCCCGGAAGUGAACCUUCAGACUGCGACAGCCUGACCUACUGUACACCAUCCCAGAGGGUGCCUGCACUGACCCCAGCAAUCUCGGACUUGGUGAGUCUUUUUGCUUGUCUAGCCCUCUUUGACUGUGUGUUACCACCCAUCCUUCAAUGUCAGAAUGCGCAUCUUGUUCUUAGCAACUGCCGUCCGUCGCUCACCUGUUGUCCCAUUUGCAGAGGAUCCAUUCGCAACUUGGCUAUGGAGAACGUGGCUGAUUCAGGACUCUUCCCUUGUAAAUAUGCCUCUUCUGGAUGUGAAAAAACUCUGCCACCUGAGGAAAAAGCAGCCCACGAAGUGCUCUGUGAGUUCCGGCCUUAUUCCUGUCCGCUGCCUGGUGUUUCCUGUCAAUGGAAAGGCCAUGUGGACGCUCUUGUGCCCCAUCUGAUGUGUCAUCGAACACCCAUUACAAUCGUAGAGGGACCAAAUGCAGUUUUCCAUGCACCAGGUAUUGAUCUUCCUGGUACUAUGGACUGGGUGAUGAUACAAUCCUGUUUUGGCUUUCAAUUCAUGAUAGUAAUGGAGAAACAGAUAGGACUUUAUGGUGACGAGCCCAUCUUCGCACUUGCACUGUUGGUAGGAACACAGGAGCAAGCUGAAAAAUUUUAUUAUCAACUUGAGCUAACUUGUCCUGGGCGGCGUUUAGCUCGGAAAUCCCAUCCUCGAUCUAUUCGUGAGGGAGUUACAACAGCCAUUUUGAAUCGUGACUGCCUAGGUUUUGACAUCCUAGUUGCACAGUGUUUUGCAGUAAAUGGCACGUUAAGCAUGAAUGUAACUAUUUCCAGGUGUUCAAAUGGUAAUGAAACCUGA